UGUAAACAUUGACCGAAGCACCGACUUGACCAGCUGGCCGAACGCAUUCGCCUGGUCAGGCUAUGUGAGCCGCUCCACGCAAUACGCAUUUCAGAGGGCAAUAACCGCAACUGACUUGCUUUCAUCGAUUUUUUGCCUAUAAUAUUCCCCCACUGUUCCUCGAGUCUGUGAGGCGGUUACCCCCUUGCACGUGCAACUGCAACGCCAACUCCGCCAACUCCGCCUGCGAAGCCGCCUUCAACUCCGCUCUCGACCGCGGUCAUGGGCGACCUCGUCGGGUUCCUCACCGAAAACGCCGAUGGAUUCCGGAAGGCCCGACUGCCAGCCCUCUACUCCGACUUCCGCGGCCAGCGGGCCACCAACCCGGACGGAUAUUCCGCCAACGUGUCGGCCUGGCGCCGCGCCCUAGCCGUCAUCGCCCGCUCCGGCCUGGCCCCGUCCUCCUCCUCCACCGGCCCGCCCGACUCCCUCAUCCUGACCACCGACGACAGCCUUCUCCGCGCCCUCGAGAGCAGGCAGUACGGCCGGCCCCUCGCCCUCGGCGUCGCCGUCAACGAGGCCAUCGCCGCCGGCGACCUCAUCCCCCUGCCCCAGUACCUCGCCGCCAAGCAGAGCAUACUCGCCCGCCCCGCCUCGUCCUUCUCCUUGGCGUCGGUGCCCUGGACGGUCCUGUCAUGGGGCGCCAGGCAGGUCGGCGCGGCGACCGGGCUGAGCGGCGGCGGCGUGUCAGACAAGCUGCCAAAGACGCGUCUUGUCGUCCUGUCCAACGUCGAGGCCGCGGCUAAGAGCUUUGCGGACAAGACGGAGGACGCGAGCUCGAGGUUCGAGCGCACUUGGUCAAAGCCGCACUUCCUCAAGACAUUCCAGGCCGAGCUCCUCCCGUCGGGGAAGCUCUCUGCGGCGGACGCCGACGUUCUUCUGGCCUUCCUGUCAAGGGACAAGGGACUCGUCGCAUGCGAUGGGAAGGUCGUCAAACUCAAAGACGACGCCGGCACUGGCACUAGUAGCGACGAGAUCACGUCCGAGGACGCGGCGGUCGCGCAGCUCAAAGAGCUGACCGAAUACCUAACCCACCAGACCGCCAUCCUUAACCGGCGUGUCGACGAGCUGAACGCCACGGCCAAGGACGCCGUGGCCAGGGGCAACCGCGUGGCGGCGCUGGCGGCGCUCAAGUCGCGCAAGAUUGCCGAGUCGUCGCUGCGCACGCGCUUCGCCACGCUCUCGCAGCUCGAGGAGGUCGCGGCCCGCAUCGAGCAGGCGUCGGACCAGGCCCAGCUCGUCAAGGUCAUGGCCACGAGCACCGAGGCCCUCAAGGGCCUCAACAGCAAGGUCGGCGGCGCCGACGCCGUCGGGGACGUCGUCGACCGCCUGCGCGAGCAGAUGGACGCCGUCGACGAGGUCGGCACCAUCCUGGCCGAGUCGGCCUCCCCCGUGGACGAGGACGAGAUCGACGAGGAGCUGGCGGCGCUCGAGGGUGAGGAGAAGCGGAAGGAGGAGGAGAAGGAGCGGGCCAAGAAGGAGGCCGAGGAAGCCAAGGAGGCCGAGGAGGUCCAGCGUCAACUCGAGGCCAUUGGGAGCGCCAAGGAGCCGACUGCCGAAAAGGAGCAACCGGACGCAGCCAGACCAGGGUCGGCCGACAGAGAAGCCGCCGUCGAGGGCAUCCGGAGGCUCUCACUGGAGGAGCCGCUCCUUGCACAGCCUACUAAAUAAUGGCCAUUCACACUGAUUUGUGAGCUUCCGGCUCCAGCAAAGACGUUCGCGUCUCUAAUUAUGUCGGAUCUAUUUUUUGCGGAUUGCUUUCCGACAUUGUUGUUCAGAGAUGUGCCUAUGUGACAUGGGGUACGGAGUUUGGGGUUGCUAUUUGGAGCAAAUGUGUUUUUUAUGAGAAUGAUUCCAGUUAGCCUCGGUUAGACACCCUGAAUAUUCCCAUCAUGUACAGAUUUCAAUUGUGGAGGCUGUCCCCCAACUAUGACCAGCCCGCUAUCACAACCAUCCAGGGAGGUGCCGGCAUGAUACAAGUCGCCUUGUGGUUGUACAGGUAAUGUAAUCGUCUGCUCAG